AUGGAGUACCUCCCGCAUGGUGACUUAGGAAAGCAUCUUGUCCAGCCCCUACCUGAACACGAGGCAAAGAUUAUUGGCAAACAGGUGCUAGCGGGACUGAAGCACAUGCACGAGAACAGCUUCGUCCACCGGGACCUGAAACCGCAGAACAUCCUCGUUGUCUACCCCGGUCCAGAUUGGUUGGUGCAGAUCUCCGACUUUGGCAUCAGCAGACGGCUCGACGAAGACAACACGGUCACCAAGAAUCAGGGAACGCUGGGCUUCAUGGCGCCCGAAACGCUUGGCCUUAUUCCCGAGGGAUCCUCGCCGUAUGCCAUGGACAUAUGGUCGUUGGGGGCCCUUCUGUUCGUUGUCCUA